GUGGCUUGUAGAACUGUCGCCACUGCCACCCGGCUACAUUCACGUCAGUGUUUAACACAUCAUCACCUUACGAACCUUUUUCGUGUGGAGCUCCGUUUGAAAAAAUCCAGUUGUUUUGAAACGCUAAAUAUGGCAGUGAACACAGGCACGUCUCUGGUGCUGUCCAGCCUCCUGUCGGUGCUGGUAUUCGCCGGCAUGCAAAUGUUCAGUCGUCAGCUGGGGUCCACAGAGUGGCUGACCAUCGUCGGCGGCUUCCUGGGCUCCGUGCUUUUCGUCUGCUCCCUCACUGCGUUCAAUAACCUGGAGUGCUUGGUCUUUGGAAAGGGCUUCCAGGCCAAGAUCUUCCCAGAAAUUAUUGUGUGCCUGUCACUGGCUCUGUUUGCCUCUGCGCUUGUACAUCGUGUCUGCGUGACCACAUGCCUGAUCUUCUCUCUCUUUUCAAUAUAUUACAUCAACAAAGUGUCAGCUGCUCUCUACCAAGCUGCUGUUCCCGUAGCAAUUCCCGCCAAAGUCACCGGCGGCAAGGGCAAGAGGAAGAACUGAAGUACUGAUACUGUUAUUUGAUCAUCCAAUCAGCAUCCAGUCCCAGCCCAUGAUCAUGGGGUAGAUGAGAACCAACCCCCCCCCCCCCCCCCCCCCCCACACACACACACACACACACACACACACACACACACACACUCAUGGCCGAGCGCCACAGUCAGCAGGUUAUUUAGUUUGGCCCUCACCUGAAGCCCCCAGUGAUUACUACAUUCCAGUGCACAGAGCCAUCUGUAAACUGCAACAUGGUCUCAUUCAAAAUGUUGCUGAGAUUUCGAGGGUUUAUGUUUGGUUAUGAGAUUUCGUUUUUGUUUUGUUUGUUUACUCGUGGAGCGGAUUUGUAAUUAAAACACUGAAAAAAUGAAA